GGCCAGUCCUGCGGGACAGUUCGCUCGAGCCCCCGCCGCGAUAACGAAGCACUCCCCUGGCGCCCUCCGCAUGAUGAGGCGGUGAGCGCGGCCGCCGCGCCGCGCAUCCCCCGCGAACAACGGGGGGAUGCCGGCGCUGCUGCGCGCGGCGGCGCUGUUGCUAACCUGCGGGCCUGCGGGCUUCGGCCUCGAGGCCCGCGCCUUCGCUGGGCGCGGCGGGGCUGCGGCGGCGCCGCCGGCCCGCCGGCUGCGACGCCCUGGUGCCGCUGCGAAGCCCAGCGCGGAGGGGGCCGCCCCGACCCCUGCGCCCGCGGGGGCCAGCGCGUCGGCGGACUCCUGGCUUCAGCAGGAGCUGGCUGGCUCACAGGAUUUCCAUGCCACCCAGCCGGAGGGCGAUCAGGGCCUGGAGUUCAAGGUCCUCGCCUCGAGCGAUUCUAUAGUGUCGUCGUCGUCGUCGACGACAGCAGGAGCCUCGCUGAAGGACCAGGUAGCGAUGAUAAACAGCAUGCUCCUGAAUCUCGAGGAGGGCCACGACAUCGAGGCCCUCCGCUGCUGGGACCGCGCCCAGCACCUGCAGCGGGAGGUCGCCCGAACGCAGUCGCUGCUGGAUGAGGAGGAGCGCAUGAUGGCCGACAUCGUCUCCCAGCUCGAGGUGGACGCCUUUAUGCAGGAGAGCGCUGCUCGCGAAGAGGAGGGGCUGCGCCGCAGCCUGCUGGACCACACGCGCGCCUGCGGAGCGAAGCUGGCCGCCGCGCGCAGGGACGUCAAAGGACUGCGCAACGACUCGGCCGCCGUCGCCCUGCAGGCGGGCUCGCUCGCGCUGCUGGGCGGCAGCGCCCGGCAGCGCCUCGCGCUGCUCGUCAGGUGCGAAGGCCGCCGGCUGGGCCCGAUCAUGCUGGGCGCGCGGCCCCCGAGUCCGGGCGGAAUGAGGGCGCUGCUGCAGAGCCCCGGAGUGCAGCGGGAGAUCCAGCACAGCCUCUCGCAGGUCGGGCUCUCGCACGCGAGCAAGUGCAUCCUGGAACGCUCGGUGAACUACGAGGAUGCGGAGUCGGCGAUGAUCGUGUCGCACGCUUCGCUGGAGGACGAGCUGUGGCAGGCCCGCCAGGAGCAGGUCCAGCUCAAGUCGGAGUGCCAGCGGGCGUCCGCUGGCUACAAGGAUCAGAUGAAGAGCUUGACCCUCCGCCACGCGCAGCUGCAGGCUCGGGUCGCGCUGGCCACCUCGCAGCGCUCGGCGCUGCAGGACAGCGUGGCGCUGAAGAAGCAGGAGGUGGCGCAGCUGCGAAAGGAGGCCGUCCAAGUGGAGCUCGAGUGCGCGUCCACGCAGAGCGGCUACCACGAGGAUGCGUGCAACUUGCGGCGCGUGCGGGCGGAGUUGCUGCAGGUCACCGGCAUCGAAGUCUCCGAGGAGGAGCUGCAGGACUGCGAGGUGCUCGGUUGGGUACCGGAGCCCUGCUCUGCCCCUUGCGGCGGGGGCGUGCAGCGGCUGAGCCGGACUGUCUCCGUGGAGAACGGCACCUACGGCGCCGCGUGCCCACCCUUGCUGACCCAGGAGGCCUGCAACACGCAGCCCUGCCCGACCCACUGCGAGGUGUCCGACUGGGACGAAUGGAGCUCGUGUACUGCACUUUGCGGCGGUGGCAGCCGGUCCCGCUCGCGGGCGGUGCUGGUGGAAGCCAAGGACGGUGGGGAGCCCUGUCCCCAGCAGACCACCGAGACGGGGGCGUGCGCGCAGGAGGCGUGCGAGGUGGACUGCGUGCUGGGCGACUGGGGCCCCUGGGGGCAGUGCUCCCGCGCCUGCGGCGGCGGCCUCCGGCAGCGCACCCAGCAGGUGGUGCGGCCAGCGGUGGGCGGCGGCUAUUGCCCCUCGGAGCAGCACCUGCGCGACUACGGCAGGUGCAACGACCAGUCCUGCCCAGAGAGUGACGACGUGUCCUUCCGCUGCUCCGCGCGCGUCGACGUGGUGCUGGUGCUGGACGGAGGCGAGGAGGCCGACGGCCAGGAGGGCUUCGAGGAGUCCAAGACCUUCGCCGCCGACCUCCUGCAGAAGCUGCAGCUCAGCGCGCUGGUCGCACGCGCUGCGGUGGUGGUCGCUGGGGCGCCCGUGACCUGGAGGGCGUACCAGGACUGCCUGAACGGGGCCGCGACCUCCUUGCAAGAUUGCGGUGUCAGCGUGGCCGUGCCUUUUCCGCCGAAAGGCAGCACCGUUGACCCCGAGGGCGCCACGAUCGAGGCCAUCGGCGCGCUGCAGUGGCCCAAGGGCCCCGGCAAUAUCGGUGGAGCGCUGUCCCUCGCAGCCACCGAGCUCUUCCGCGAGGGGCGCUACGACGCCCAGUGGGUGGUGCUGGUCGUCUCGCGGUCGCGCCCACUGUCCAUGUCGAAGACUGGGGAGGAAGCUGAAAUGCUCCGCCGGCACGCGCGGUUCAUCUGGGUCGCCGCCACCGCCGGGGGAGCGCUGCGGCGCGAGGCGGCGCAAUGGGUCACGGAGCCCUGCCGCGAUAACUUCCUGGACUCCGACCUGGAGGGCCUGGUGCCCGAGGCGGCCACGCUCGUAUGCCCGGCGAUCGGGCACGCCAGCGUGAACGCCACGGCGCCCACAGGCCUCGGGCCCGCACAAGCGCCCGCCCCGGUGCCGCUGCGGGAACCCUGGCGGCCAGACCAGGCCGCCCAGCAGGUGCGAGCAGCCGUGCCAGCCUUCCCGCGCCCCAGGCCGCUCCGACGCCCAGGCUCGCGCGCACCCGCGCCGCUGCCCGCGCCGCUGCCCGCGCUCGCGGCCGCGGUCGCCGCC